CGCUCCGCGCGCUCGAUCAUUCCCCGACAAGCGCAGACUAGUGUAACAUGGCAGAGGAGACACAUGCCAGUCAUUCGCCGGAUUUAAAAGAGAUACACGAUUGUAAUUCCCCAGGUUUAGGUACCGCUCGAGAGCACGGGUUGCACCUGCAAAAAAGACAAGCGCGGGUUACGGUCAAAUACAACCGCAAGCAGCUUCAGAAAAGGCUGGACGUGGAGAAAUGGAUUGACGAAGCGCUCGAGGAGCUGUACGAGGGCAAGGACAUGCCAGAGGAAGUGAACAUUGAUGAAUUGUUGGAACUCCCAAGUGAUGAAACACGAACACAGAAACUACAGGUGCUUCUGCAAGCCUGCACCAGCAAUACUGAGGGCUUCAUUGCAGAGUUGUUGCAGAAGCUGCAGGGUCUCCAUAAACAAGACGAGUUGCAGAAUGAGGGAGUAGAGCAUCCUUGCCUCCAUACGUACCCUCAUCACCAUGGUAACAUUCAUCAUCACAGAGACAACCAUCAACACCGAACCCAUCAGACACUGUGAUUGCAUCCCGGUGCUGAGGUCUGGAACAUUGUGGUCAAUGGACUGAGCUGCCUAACACACAGACUCUGAAAACAUAGGAUAUCUAACUAGAAAAAAUAAGGCCAGAGGUUUAUGUUUACAAAUUUUAAUUUUAAUUAACUAAAGUGAAGUUGUGAAAUAAUCACCAUCAGUGCUGGCAUAAAUUAAUAUAUGGUUAUGUUUGCGUUGCUCAUGCUGUUGGCUGACUGAAGUUUGAUUGACUGCAAACUUACGUGCUAUUCUCACUGUGUAAAGCUAAAUCUGGUAAUAUUGAUUGUUAUAAAGGAGUUUUUUCUUCACAUUAAUAUUCUUAAAUCCCAUACCCUGAACAGUUGUUAAUGUAUGGGAAUAUUAACACUUUUAUUAAUAUUUUAGAAACUGGUAGAUUUGAUUGAAUAAAAUGUUAAUAAAAAAGUAACCAUUAUUUUGAAUUUC